ACUUCGCGUUGAUUGGUUACAAGGGGCGUUCGGCAUCGCCGCUCUCGCUGCGGAUUGGCCAGUGAGUGCGCGGGCAGGUAGCGCGGGAGCUGGGUGCGUGGCUUUGAAACGGUCUGCGGCGUUGCCAUGGGUUUCAGUGGCGCCCUGACUCCGGCGGGACAAGGCAGGAUGAGAGGCUGCACCAAGGCCGCAGUACUGUAAAUUUGUGAUGAUGUCUUCAUGUCUCUACGAAUGCCUGUGUGAAGCAAGACUGGAACAGUAUUACACUAAUUUUACUGCAAUGGGUUUUUUGAAGUCUCAGGAGCUGGCUAAACUAACCAUAAAUGAUUAUUCUCUGCUCGGGAUUCACAACCUGCAGGAUCAAAAACGUUUGUUCCAGCUCAUUCAAAUCAUUAAAGCUGUACAGGAAGAUGAGCGUGAUCAUAUUGCAAAUAUGGAACACACUCAAGCAGGCUCUCUUAACUUUUGUGUGGAGAAUGUUAAGCCUGGUCCUCGACGACAUUUGGAUUUUGAUUCCUCGACUGGUAUCAGUGGGGCUCCUAGCUCCAGCAGUAAUCCAAAGUUAUCAUCCGCUGCAAAUCAGUGUCAGUGUACAGCUUCUAGAUUAUUGAAAACUCCUUCACCUGUUGACCAACUAUCUGCCAGAUCAGAUCUAAAGGAAACACAAUCGCUUCCUGAGGGAGGAGCAAAGGAUGGUAGCAAGAAUGAGAUCCAAAACACACACAUGAUUUUGCACAAUUCAGGAUAUAAUUAUGGACUGCCUCGUGCUGCCGUAAGGCAUAUCAAUCCUGCGAAGGAACAGACUUGGACUGAGACUGAGAAAAUCCACGUGUGUGUAAGAAAGCGACCACUGGGAGUACGAGAAGUGCGACGUGGUGAAGUUGAUGUGGCAAAAGUAGAAGAAGGAAAGUCUGUCCUUGUUUGUGAAAAUAAGGAAGCAGUUGAUUUGACACAUUAUCUCCAACAACAUGUUUUUUAUUUUGAUGAAGUAUUUGAGGAGGCUAGUACCAAUCAUGAUGUGUACGUGAAGACUGCUUAUCCCCUCAUCCAGCAUGUUUUCAGUGGUGGAAAGGCGACUUGUUUUGCAUAUGGGCAGACUGGAGCUGGAAAAACUCAUACCAUGAUCGGAACUUGUCAAAAUCCAGGCUUGUAUGCACUUGCUGCUGAGGACAUCUUUGUGCAUCUUCACACAUCAGAAGCAGCCACAGCACUUUUCAUCUGGAUAAGCUUCUACGAGAUAUAUUGUGGCCAACUGUAUGACCUGCUCAAUGGUCGCAAAAGACUAUUUGCUAGAGAAGAUGGCAACCAUGAAGUGCAAAUUGUGGGGUUGCGUGAAAUUUGUGUUGACGGAGUUAAGUCUUUAUUAGAGGUCAUUUCUUGGGGCAGUAAAGCAAGGAGCACAGGGGCUUCUGGGAUAAAUACAGAUUCCUCACGUUCACAUGCUAUUAUUCAAAUCCAACUUAAGGAUCCAGCUGAAAAAAUUGUUGGGAGGAUUUCUUUCAUUGAUCUCGCUGGGAGUGAGAGGGCUGCUGAUGCCAAAGAUUCCGACAAGCAAGCUAAAAUAGAAGGAGCAGAAAUAAAUCAGAGUUUGUUGGCCCUUAAAGAAUGUAUUCGUGCUCUUGACCAGGAACAGGCUCACACACCGUUCAGACAAAGCAAGCUUACACUGGUAUUGAAAGACUCUUUUAUUGGGAAUUCCAAGACCUGCAUGAUUGCUAAUAUUUCACCUAGCCACGUGGCCACAGAACACACGCUGAAUACCUUGCGCUAUGCAGACCGGGUAAAAGAACUAAAGCGAGGAGCCAAAGCAUCCAGCACAAUCUUUUCUAGAUGUCAUGGAGGUAGAAGUCCAUCCCCAAAACAGGCCAAAACAUGGGGAGACAAAUCUAUACCAAAGAAAAUGAAGGCCAAAAUUGACCAAUACUCCAAUCAAAAUGCAACUCUGCAUAAAUUAUCAUCAGCAGCUUUGUGUCCACCUGACCUUCUUCCCUCUUGCAGCCCAAAAAUAGUUGUUAAAGAUGUCCUUUCCCCAGCUUCCUCAAAGACCACAUGCCAAACUCGUUCUAUUCCCCUGAAGGGCAUAUUUAAGAAAAAUUCCAGAGAUUUCAGCAAAAACACAAAGCAUGAAAAGCUGACUGAGAAGACCAUUAUUACAAAAGAGGUUUUUCUGAAUAACUCCAAAUCUGCAGCAUCCAGAAGAAUGCAAUGUGGGCAAAGGAAUUCUCCUGGUACAACGAGAAAUGUGAAAGUUCAAACAGUUCAUCCUAUUCAAAAAGAAGUCAUUCCCAGAAAUGAACUACACUUUAUUGGACAGAUAAAAAAUGACUCGCCCAAUAAAGCAAAUAAUGCAAACAUAUUUGAAAAUGAACAUCAAAAGAGUCCUAAGUCAUUAAAGAACAAUUUUUUUGUGCAAAAGGAACGGGAAAACCACUUGCGCCUUUAUCAUCAGCAGCUCCAACAACUUCAGCAGCCACCAUUAUUGCAGAAGAAGCUAAGUUAUCAACCCUUGAAGGAGCUCCUCAGUCAAUUUUAUCAACCUCAAGUUGAAAUAAGCAAUGAGAAUAAUGAAUGCAUUCCCUCACUGCAUUCCACUGUCAAAACAUCAGAGGUUCAGAUUGAAUGUGGCAGUAGUAGUUCUACAUACUCCAACUGCCAAAGCAUGAUUGAUAGACAGAAUCAAACCUGUAAUCAAGAUUCCUUGUUUGAAAUAGAAAGAGAGGAAGGAAAGAAUGGACGAAACAAUGUACAUGUUUUCCCCUUUUCUCAAGAUCAAAACUGUUACCCAAGGAUAGAAGAACACAGUAUAUGUGCUUCACAAAGGACGACAGGAGAGGAGUGUGCAGUUCACUGUUCAUCAGGAAGGAACUUCACGGAAAUGUUGCAUUCUCCAAAUAAUAUUGAUUGUUGUCAAAUGAACCCAAGAUACUUAUCGUUCGAUUCUAAAAACAGUUUGCAGAAUGUAAACAAAGACAAUUUUUCAAUUGAAAAUCAAGAUGAUAGCUGUCCCAUGUCAAACAUUUCUCAAAUGGACAGUAGUUUUACCGUUGCUACAGAUUUGAAAAGUGUGAAAACUGGAGCUGGCACUUUGUGUCACCCGAGAAAAAAAACGUGUUUCCAUUUGAAUUCAAUAAUAAAUGUAGGAAAAGACAAGCAAAUGUGCCGUACUACCAAUAAUAUAAUUCCAUCUAAUGACUAUAUUUCUACAGAUUUAACAAAUGCUUCUGAUGACCUUUCUGUGGAGAAGCCACUGUGUCAAGAUGCACGAGCUGGAGCUCGUGGAUGGACAAUCUCAUGUAACCAGCCCUCUGCUGAAAUGGAGGUAUCACCAAGUGGUUCUGAUGUUUUAUCAUCACAGACCAAUCAGUUUGAAAAGUGGGUGAAUCUAUCACCUGACUAUCUUGCUAGAAAUCAGAAAGUGUCAUCAGAUAUUUUACUCAACUUGAAAAACACUAUUCAUGAAGCACACCUUAUUUUGAAAGAUGAAAUUGAAAUGGAGAUAGCUGCAAAAGAUGAAAUUGACCAUUGUUCAAAUAUUAGCCAUGUAGAGACUGCUUAUAAAGAUGAGAAUAUUUUGACAACCAGUGUACCUGAUUUGUCAACUAAUGAUUGUACAUGCUCUCUAAUUCCACCAAAGCAUGACAUGAGGCAGGGAGAAUUGUGUGAUGCCGUACUAAGUAGAAAUCUCUCUGAAGACAACAGCCAAACAAGUGAAUGCCACAAUUAUAAACAAAUACCGAAAGGCUCUAAAAGUGAACCUGAUGAUGUGGAUACUGCAGAAAACGUAAUCAAUUCUUCAAUUGUACACUCACAUCAUCAUAUAGCUUCCGUUAUUGAAGAUGAACUUGCAGCAGAUAAAUAUUUUUCAGAUGCUGGAAACCAGAGCUCUACAUGUCCAUAUCUUAAUCAAGCAAGCAGGCAGGAAGGCAUUUCUACUCCUGUAAUUACACACAACAAAACAACAGAACCGAUUUGCAGCUCUGAGAUUAAAGAAUCACAGCAAGAAACACAAGAUUUGGUGGCUGGAGGCUGUACUGAAACAGUGCAAAAUAACCACCAUGAAGAAGAAUGCUUUCAGUCUUGUGGCAAGUCGCUUAAUAAGGAUUUGAUCAACAUAAUUGGAGAAAAGUUACAAGAAAAUACUUCAGUUCCAUUUAAUCAUUUACAUGCGGAGAACAAUUCAAUUCCCACGGAAGUGUGUGUCUGCCACAAUAAAAACAAUAAGGAAGCAUGUGGACUUCACGCAGAUGGUAACCAAUCUAAACAUUUAUCUGCCCACCACCUUGAGGAAAUGGAGAAAACAAAGAAACUUGUUGUCCAAGCCCACUGUGAGCAUCUAGAAGACAUGUUAGCUCUUUUUGAAAAGGAAGAAUAUUUGCUCAAGAAAUUAACAAUUUUGGACUUCAAGGAUUAUGUAACGCAACUAGAAAAGAUCCUGAUGCUAAAAGCUGAAAGCAUCCAGCACUUGCAAGGCGAGAUCCAUAAGUAUCAAAUUCAUCCUGGAACAAUGUGACAAUUUAAUAAUCCUGAAUCUUAGCUUCAGUGUAAAUUAUAGUGGAAGAGCAAGAGAUGAACAGAGAAUGCAUUUGACCCUUCUAUAAUUUUCAGAGUGACUGUCUUAUUUAAAUGCAACAAACAAAAAUAAAUCUUUACAUAUCUUUGUGA